AAAAAAAAAAAAAAGUAAAAUAAAACAAAAUUUAAUUAUUUCCAGUUGGUAUUUUGUGGAUCCAUAUGGAAACUUUUUUUUGGUUUAAACUUUUUGUGUAAUCUUUGGCUAAAACAUUCCUUUUUAAUUAAAAAACAUUAACAAAGAAAGUAAUUACUAUGGAGUACGGCGGAACAUGGAUCAACCAGGAAAUAAAUCCAUCAAACUUUGGUUGUCCAACGACAGAGGGCUCCGAUCUCUACCAGCAAUAUAUGGGCAUGGAUCCGGUGUAUACUCGCCAGCCCGAGGUGAACAAUGGCCCUCAGCAGGACUUCUAUGGCUAUGGAGAUGUCGGUUAUCGCAGUGGCAGUCCCAUGCGACAAUACCGAUACAACAGGGCCAUUAACUCACGAAAUGGACUACAUUCGCCCAUGGAACUUGCUUCUGGCAAUCACAGAUACGAUUACUGUACUUCUCUGCCAGGCAUUGGGCAGUAUGAAGUGCCCAAUUUUCAGCCAGGAAAUACCAGAAGUCCAUGGAAAAGACGUUGAGCCAACGACGAUCUUUGAAAGUCUCUCAAGUAUUUUAUUUUAGGUGCAAAUGGUAAUGAAAUUUGGGGGCCAUAAUCAUUUAGUACACUGAACCAAAACCACUAUUGUAAACCAAAAUCAUACUUAUUUUUUAAUUAAUUCAUUUCGAUUUAUGUUCAA